CGACCCCGACCCGCUGCUACCUCGCAACUCUUGGACCACAGGCUUGCUCUCCUUCACUUACAUUCGCACAAGUAGGAGUGAUGUGGCAGGAUUGGUACGGCUAGAAAGAAGCACAAUGGCUUCCAAUAUAAAACGUAAGGCUAGCAAAUUCUUCUAUGAUGUGAAAAGAGAAGUGUACAAUGAAGAAACUUUUCAAAGGGAGCAUAGAAGGAAAGGAACUUCUUCAGGAAAUGUAGAUAUCAAUAUCACCACAAUUAAACACAGAGUGCAAUGCCGGUGCUCAUGGAAAAGAUUUAAAAAAGUCAUGUUUGGCGUCUUUCCCUUCCUAGAAUGGAUGUGUGUGUACCGAUUCAAGGACUGGCUUCUUGGAGAUUUGCUUGCUGGUUUAAAUGUUGGCCUUGUACAAGUUCCCCAAGGUUUGAUACUUGGUGUACUAAUAAGGAUGCUGAUCCCACCCCUCAAUAUUUCCUAUUCUUCUUUCUGUUGCUCAAUGAUCUAUAUCAUUUUUGGAACGUCUCAUCAUGUGUCUGUUGGAAACUUCUUCCUUGUGAGUGCAUUGAUGGCGAAUGUCCUUAAUAAAAUAAUGUUCAAUUCUGGUCACCUCCUGAUGGGAACUUUUGUCAGGGGUGACUUUGAAGAUCCAGCCUACUCCCUGGAUUAUGAGAAGGCCCUCAGUGUCAUGCAAGCUGUAACCUUUCUGACUGGGAUUAUCCAGCUACUGUUGGGAUUGCUAAGAUUGGAUUUUGUCACCAAGUACCUGCCUGACACCUUAAUUAAUGCCUACUUGGCAGCCACCGCUUUGCAUGUCAUGAUGUCUCAAAUGUGCUUCAUUUUUGGGAUUAUGAUUCGUUUCCACUGUGGUGUUAUCGCCUUCUUUUAUAAUCUAGUUAACUACUGUAUAGCUCUCCCAAGAGCCAAUUCCACCAGCAUCCUGUUGUUUCUGAUUUGUAUGGUGGCUUUGAGAGUCAACAAAUGUAUCAAGAUCUCUUUCAAACAAUAUCCCAUUGAAUUUCCCAUGGAAUUCUUACUGAUUGUCUCCUUCACUAUCAUUGCAAACAAGAUCCACAUGAACACUGAAACCAGCAAGCACAUUGUUGAUAUGAUUCCUUAUAGUUUCCUGUAUCCUGAAUCAGCUGAGUUUGGGCUCUUGCACUAUGUUAUUUGCCAUGCCCUUUCCCUGUCUGUGGUAAGCUACAUUCUGCUCAACUUUAUAGGCAAGAAGAUUGCUUCCUUGCAUAACUACAGAAUCAAUCCUAACCAGGAGUUGGUAGCCAUUGGCCUGUGCAAUCUUGUCAGCUCAUUUUUCAAAUCUUUUGUGUUUACUUCUGCUAUUGCCAGAACAGUCAUCCAAGAGAAAUCAGGUGGGAGACAACAGUUUGCAGCUCUGGUAGGUGCAGGUAUAACGUUGCUGGUGAUGCUGAAGAUGGGUCAUUAUUUCUACUUUCUGCCUAACGCUGUACUGGCUGGUAUCGUUCUAAGCAAUGUCUUGCCCUUCCUUUCAACCAUCAUGGACCUUCCUGAUCUGUGGAAGCAGAACCAGUAUGACUUUGUGAUUUGGAUAGUGACAUUUCUGUCGGUGAUCUGCUUGGGACUGGACGUUGGGCUGCUCAUUUCCGUAAUAUUCACCUUCUUCAUCACUACUGUCCAGUCACACAGGGCCAGCAUUCUUGUCCUGGGACAGAUCCCUAACACCAACAUUUACAGAAGCUUUACUGAGUACCGAGAGGCUGUGUACGUUCCAGGAGUGAAAAUUUUCCAGUUCUGCAGCGCCAUCACUUUUGUAAAUAUUGAGGAAAUCAAGCAACUGCUGUUAAAAGAGGUGGAUCUGAAAGCUGUGCCUCUUACUGAUGAAGACUUGAGAACCUUGUUCAGUGACAACAGGUCUGAAAUAGGUGAAGGCCUUCUUAAGUGUGCCUGCAACUGUGAUGAACCAGAGCCACCCCCCAGGAUUGCUUACAUGGAACACCUUGAGAACAGAUCUGAAAGUGACGUAUCCUCCAUUGAUAUGCUCCACUGCUCACGAUUUGAAAGUGCCUUCGUGAAUCGUAGUCUAUCUGAAGAUCAAAUAGCUUUAAGACACCUAAAUUCUAAAAAUGAAGAAGUAGAGAAAGUCUGUAUUCCCAGUUAUACCACAGUAAACAGUUCUGGAGUUCAAUUGUUAAUGGCUUCAUCAUCAACCAAUGAACAGGGUGAAGUUCUUCAUAGGUGCAAACUUGACCCUGGAAAGCAUAAUUCUGAUGUAUCUUUCAUAUCAGCUAUCCAUACUAUCAUCCUGGAUUUCACCAUGGUGAAUUUUGUGGAUACAAAGGCUACACAGGUAAUAAGACAGAUCUGCAAUGCAUUUUACAACAUUGAUGUAUUAGUUCUCCUCGCAGGAUGUCAUCCACUGAUUGUUGAGACUUUUGAGAACAGUGACUUCUUUGAUGCUGGCAUUACCAAGGCCCAGUUGUUCCUUACCGUUCAUGAUGCUGUUCUGUUUGCUCUUGGGAAGAAAUACUUAGAGACUCCCGAGGAUGAACCAGUAAUAAAGGAAACACUGCAUUUUCCACCCUAUUCUCCCUCUAGUCAAAUGUCAAGGUAUGACUCAGAAUCAAGAAAGGACCUACAGAUAACACCUUUCAAGGUAGUUUUUUACUUGAUUCUCCAGGAUUCUAUGAAGUCGAACCAUUCUGAACAGAGUGGAGAAAGCUUAAUAUCGCCAAAGAAAGAGAAAACCUUCAAACACAUCUAUCAGCCAGAUAUACAGCCGGAUAUUAAAGACCUGAAUGAAAGAGUGGAGCUAGAGACAGUGAUGGACCCGAACUUCGAGACCGAGCUGGAUCUGGGGCCAGAACUUGAGUUUGAUCUAGGGCCAGAAACUGAGACUGAGACUGAGAUUGAGAUUGAGAUGCACCAUGCUACAGGAACAGAAACAGAGAUGGAAACAGAGUCAGAAACAGAGCACAACACUUAUGAUCAGCCAUAUGAAGUGCCAUACCAAAGACCAUGCCAUUGGGAAAAUAGGGGCACCCAAAAAAGGGAAUGCCAUGAUAUCUGGGACCAGAACUGGAAAUACUCGAACAAAUCCUAACAUUCCACUAUGAUGUCCCAUGGGACAUUCUCCCCCACCCAAAUAGGAAUUGUUUAGUCAUGGGGGCCUUGAUCUGUUGAUUGAUAACUAAUCCAAUACUGACCGUGUAGCUCAUCCAUGUACUUACAUUAGACAUGGACCCAUGCUAAGGAUGGGGAUGGGACCCCCAGAUCACAUCAUUAACAUGCAAGACAUAGUACUGGAUCUCUAAUCAUUUGUCAAGCUGUAGUACCCAUAGCAGAUGUUUCCCUCUUUAUGGGUCCUUAAGCGUCACCAAAGUUCCUGGAGAUUCUGGCUGACCAUUGCUGAUAGCUCCUUUCCACUCUCCCUCCCACCAUCAGCCUCUACAUAUAAACACUGAGGUUCAAAUAAAAUACGCAGCUCUAGUUA